AGGGCCGCAAUGACACUUUUUCUUGCCACCACAGAUUCUACCAUUGUGUCAACAUCUCUACCGACAAUAGUCAGCGAACUCGGGGCCUCCCAGAGUCAAUAUACCUGGGUUGGGGUUGCGUAUAUGCUGACUCAAACAGCUGGCCAACCCCUGUAUGGAAGACUAUCCGAUUUGGUAGGAAGAAAGAACGUUUUGUAUGUCAGCAUGAUGAUUUUCGCCCUCGGAUCCUUGCUGUGCGGGGCUGCAAAGAAUAUUACACUCCUGAUAAUUUUCCGCGGAUUGGCUGGUCUCGGUGGCGGUGGUAUCGUCAGUUCCGUCUGGGUUAUCACAUCAGAAAUUGUCGAACCAGAAAAGAGAGCAAAGUGGUCUCAGGCUCUUAGUAUCACUUGGAGCUGUUCUGCAGUUGCGGGUCCAAUACUCGGAGGAUUAUUCAGCAUUUACAUGAAUUUGCCUGUAUGUCUUUUCGCAUUCUUGCUGCUGUCAGUGUCAUUGCGAAAUGUUACGCUCGGACACGCUAAGCAUGCGUCAUGGAAAAAUUUCACCGAAAAGUUUGAUUUUAUCGGACUUCUUCUCUUCAUGCUGGGUACCAGCUGUUUGGUUAUUGGUUUCAGCUUCGCUAUGAGUAGUGGAUGGACAUCACCAUCAACACUCCUGCUGGUCACUCUAGGCCCUGUGAUACUAGCCUGUGGUGGCUUCUAUGAAGUGCACACCACACGCGAGGCAUUGUUCCCGCCUGCCGCAUUCAAAAGUCUCACUGUUGUGAUCAUUCUGACUGUCACAUUCCUUCACAACUUCGCAUUCACUUCAGGCACAUUUUACCUUGCCCUCUACUUCCAAGCUGUGAAUGGCAUGACCCCAUUGCAAGCUGGUGUGCAGAUGCUGCCAUAUUCACUCGGAUCAUCAUUGGCUUCGAUGCCAGCCGCUUGGUUCAUCGGAUUCUGCCAGGAGCGUAAAAACGACACCAGGGGACAAAAAUGGACGAUCGUCGGUGGAUUGCUGAUAUCUACAUUGGGUUUCAGUCUCUUGAUAACACUCAAGGAUGCCUCCUCGCACUUCGCGCAAAUUUCUUUCCCCCUUAUCGCCGGUAUUGGAAUCGGGUUCCUUUUCCACGCCCCUUAUCAGGUCUUUGUGAAGGCAUUGCAUCCUUCUGAGCUCGCUACAGGGACUAGUGCAUUCUUUCUGGUAAGGUUUACAGGAGCUACCAUUGGCCUAGCGGUUGCUGGGAUAGUCUUUGACAAACGGUUAUCUCACGCUUUACCUAUUGGUUACCAAAUUCAGGGAUCAUCUUCCAUCAACUGGAGGUUACUGAGUCUUAUCGAGCCGCUCUCGUUGAGAAAUGAAGUCUUGGGUGCUGUGGCUCUAGCCAUUCAGAGCAUCUGGAUCGUUUCUGCUCCUCUGCUAGGUCUGGCCUUGGUGAUCUCGCUGUUUAUGAAAUACUUUUCGGUAGAAACUACGAACCAUCAUGACGCUAUCCAGGAAAAAGCUUCACACCAAGAGUCAUGUGUCGACUCACCGCCUAAUGAAGUUUAGAGGAUCAAAAUCUGUAUUCUUAUUGUACAUAGAUAAACUUGCUAGACGAGCGUUCGG